AGAGGAUAGGAGAGGUGUUUAAUGUGGCACCACCAUGCUCUAACCACUGCUGUGUGACUGAGGAAACACCUGGAUGUGAAAAAGCUCCACCUGCUCUCACCUCCACUCUCCACUCUGUGCUGCCCUAAGUACGAUGGCAAAGUAUGACCCGAACGAGCCCCCUCCUCCUUACUACUCUGUUGCCGUGCACACACUGCCCCCCCUCAAGUCCUAUGAGGAGGUGGUGUAUGGUCCAGGCCUGACACCCCCCACACAGCCGCAUUACAUUCCCCAGUACCCGCCACCUGUGGUAGUUCCCCAAGUCCCACGUUCAAUACCCCCCAAGAGGAAGAGAUGCUGUGAGAAUAAUGCACAGUGUUACGGAGGAUCAGGGGGAAUCUUACUGGUGCUUGGUUUGCUGGCUCUGGCCAUCUGGCUUGGAGUGCGUUAUGGCACAAGGGCGGCAACGGCAGUGAUCCUCUAUGGUAACGAGGACAAUGAUCACAGAAAUGAAAAUCAGCCUUUGCCAAAGUAUGACACCUGCCCCAACAACACUGUCCAAUGUGAUGGGAUCAGAGACUGCCAACUGGGCUCUGACGAAACAAAGUGUGUGAGGUUCAGCGGUGGCGGCGGUCUGCAAGUCAGGACAGCUGAAGAUGGACGAUUUCUACCAGUGUGCUACAAGGGCUGGGACCAGAGCUAUGCCGACCAGACCUGCGCACAGCUAGGUUUCAGGAGGUCCUAUGUCACCAAAGCGAUUAAAUCUCAGGAGUCUAUUGGUCUAACAUUGACCAGCAGACCAUCUUCAUCUAUCCAGAGUGUGGUCAAAGUCAGUUCUUCCUGUCCAGACCAGGAGACCGUGUCCCUGCAGUGUGUGGACUGCGGUCGGCAGCAGUCUACAUCUCGGAUCAUAGGGGGCAGCGUAGCUAAGUUGGGUCAGUGGCCUUGGCAAUUGUCGCUCCACUUCAGAGGAUCCCAUGUCUGCGGAGGAGUCCUGAUCUCCCCUGAUUUUGUGCUGACUGCUGCCCACUGCUUCCCAAGAAGCAACACCUUUACCCUCUCAGCAGAGUACUGGAAAGUUUAUGCUGGAGCGGUAUCUCUGGACAGACUACCUCAGCCCUACAUGGUUAAGAGGAUCAUACUCAAUGAGAACUACAACACUAAGACUAAUGACCAAGAUGUUGCUCUGCUCAAACUUACAUCUCCAGUUCUUUUUAAUGAUAAAGUUCAACCAGCUUGUCUGCCAGCUUUUGACCAGCGAUUUUCCCAUGGCACCAAAUGCUGGACCUCAGGCUUUGGCACCACUGAGGCAGGAUCAGGCACUGUCUCCAAGGAUCUGAUGGAGGUGGUUGUGGACAUCAUUGAUACACAAGUGUGUAACAGCCCCCGUGUGUAUGGAGGCCUUGUGACCAAGAACAUGCUCUGUGCUGGGGACCUGAAUGGAGGCAAAGAUUCCUGUCAGGGUGACAGUGGUGGACCUUUGGUUUGUCAGACAGAGAACCGUUGGUUCGUGGCAGGGAUCACCAGCUGGGGAACUGGCUGUGGUGAAAAAAACAAGCCAGGUGUUUACACCAAAGUCAGUAGCGUCUUGCCCUGGAUCUAUAGCAAUAUGCAGCAAGAGAGGCCAUGAUGUCACUUUGUCUCCUGCUGGUGGUCUGCUUUCCCCCUUCCCCAAUGAACCCUGCACUAUGAAGUCGUCUUUGAGAGAUGGAUGGAUUCACACAUGCAGUAAAAGAAUGAAUUAGUGAGGAGAUACUGUAGACAGAAAAAACAGAGGGAUAAAAGGUUGUAUGCUGGCUUGGAGAUGAAGUAUCAUGCCACAUUUUUAACACAUGAUUUCUGUCUUGGUGUUCUGCAUUAUCUAUACUCAUCCAUGUUUGCAACCUUUGUUACAAGGCUGUUUAAGUGUUUUACCUGAACCUGAUUAUUGAUACACAUUAAUUGAUGCACUGAUUUCAGUCUUGCAUUCUUGAUUUUAUUCCUCUGUCUCUUGUUGUCUCAGUAAUACAGUAUAUUUAUGUUUACUUUCAUGUAAAGUGAGUUUUAAAGAUGGCUGGCCCUUCUCUCAUGUGGUCUGUGCAAAUGCAACAUAGUCCACUCUGCUGUGAUCUCCUUAAUAUUCUUAUAGAAGUGGUUGGAGAGUGAAGCUCCUUAAAGAUGAUCUAUGAUUGUAGAGGUGUGUUUUUUUUCCUCAGGGACACAUCUCAGGCUUUCCCAUGUUGACUAUAUUAGAAUAAAAAAGGACACUUUACUAGCAGUGUGGCCCCAGACACCCUGAUUGAGCUGGCACUCUGUAUUUGCACCCAAGGCAGGAUUACCCACUCUUUAUAAGAAAUUUGCACCACUUAAGUACAAUAUCAGCUAUGACAGGUUGUCCAUCCUGUGGCCCUGGUCUUAAGGGAUUUGUGCCAAAAUCUAGUUUUAAGACGUUCAUUGUUUUAGUUCAUAUUGUGCUCAUUUGUUGUAUCAAAUUGCACACAGAAAAUCUAGGGCAAAGUAGUAUUAUUCCAUCGUAAGGCUGCAAGCAACAGUUAUUUUCAUUAUUAAUAGGUCUGACACUGAUUUUCUUUAAUAAUCAUUUGGUUGUUCAGUGUAUAAAAUAGUGAAAAAUGCCCAUCAUUAUUCCCUUAAAUGCAAGUCAACAUAUUCAAAUUACUUGUUUUGUCUGGCCAACAUUCAAAAACCUAAAGGUCAUGACUUCACAAUCAUGAAAACCUGGGAAAACUAUUUUACAUCCAUUACAUUUGAGACACUGGUAUGAGUGAAUUCUUUGGCAUUUUUGCUUAAAGAGUAAUGACUUCAAUUAUUAAUCAACUGUCAAAAUUGUUGCCAAUUGAUUUUAUGUCAAUGGACUAAUCGAUAAAUCACCUAAUCAAUUCAGCUAGUGGGGGGCAAUAGGGGCCCAACAACAAACUUUUUCCCUAGGGUCCCAUAGGAGGUUAAUCCGGCCAUGUGUGCACCUAAACCUCUCCUUGUACUCACACUGUGAAUUUUUUUCUGAAUGUGUUCUUCUCAAAUUGUAUGGCAAUUAUGUUCUCUGUGGGUCAUAUUUAUGUGCAAUGGUUAUGUUGUCUAAGAGAUUUUUUUAUAUUUGUCUAAUGUGUGGGAAUCACUGGAUAAG